AUGACUGAAAUGAGAGCUGCAUUUUCUGAAAUUGCCCAAGGAAACGACACAAUAACAACUGAUAAACUUGGCGAAGUUAUGAAGCUUUGUGGCGAAGAUGUCCCUCCGUUCAAACUUCGUCAACUAUCCGAAGAAGUACAGAAAGAAACUGGGGGAGAUGUCGACUUCAUUCUCUUUUUAAAACUCUUCAAGAACCUUUCAGUUAAGGCAGUCGGUGGGGAAUAUAAAAAAGCAGUUGAUAAGAGAGUCGGGGUUGAAGAGAUUGGAGGCGGUUCGUCGGCCUCUGCAGAAGGAACAAGACACUCUUUUUCAAGCGAUGAAACGGUUGCUUUUACAGACUGGAUUAACUGUUGCCUUGAAGAUGAUCCUGAACUUAAAGGAAAAUAUUUGCCCAUCGAUGAGGAAUCCUCAGAUGGUCUUUUCAAAGCGGUAAAAGACGGGGUGUUGCUCUGUAAAUUGAUCAACUUCUCUGUGCCACARACGAUAGACGAAAGGGCCAUCAACAAAACCAAGCUGAAUGUGUACACGAUACACGAGAAUCAAACCCUUGCACUAAACUCUGCAAUGGCAAUUGGCUGCAAUAUCGUGAAUAUUGGCGCGGAGGACAUUAUUCAAAGCAAACCACAUCUUGUUCUUGGGCUUUUGUGGCAGGUCAUAAGGAUUGGUUUAUUUGCCAAAAUAACCAUCCACAGCUGUCCAGGACUUGUGCGCCUGCUUGAGGAUUAUGAGACACUGGAUGAUUUAAGAAGGUUGCCACCUGAAGAUGUCUUGAUCAGAUGGUUUAACUAUCACCUAGAGCAGGCUGGUCAUCACAGACGGGUCAAGAACUUCAGCUCUGACAUUAGUGAUGCUGAGAAUUACAGUGUAUUGCUGAAACGGAUUGCACCACCCGAGCUUAUUCUGGAUGAGCCACACCUCACAGAAUCCGACCCAACCAAACUUGCCACUCUGGUGCUUGAAAACGCUACCAAGAUGAACUGCCGCAAGUUUGUCCGCCCCAAGGACAUCGUCAAAGGAAACGCAAAACUAAACCUGGCAUUCGUUUGUAACUUGUUCAACACGCAUCCUUGCUUGGAGCCGGUGGAAGAUCUUCCAGAAAUCGAAGAGACACGCGAGGAGAAGACGUUUCGUAAUUGGAUGAAUAGCCUUGGGGUUAAACCUUACGUGCAUAAYCUGUAUGCGGACAUUGAGGAUGGAAUUGUUUUGUUUCAGCUCUUUGAUUUGGUUAAUCCUGGAAUAACUGAAUGGGACAAAGUCAACAAGCCGCCCUUCAAGAAACUCAACGCCAAAAUGAAGAAGAUAGAAAACUGUAACUACGUGGUGAACGUUGCUGAGCGCCUCAAGUUUUCAAUGGUUGGGAUCGGCGGUACUGACAUCAGUGAUGGAAAUACAAAGCUUAUUAUGGCUCUAUUGUGGCAGACAAUGAGAGUUUACACCAUGACUGUCCUGCAAAAGUGUGCUGCCUCCGAGACGCCCGUGACUGAUGCUCAAAUCGUGGACUGGGUCAACGACAAACUAUCGUCGUCUGGUAAGACAACCAAGAUCAGUGGAUUCAAGGAUCCUGAUAUAAGAAGCAGUCGCUCAGUGAUCGACCUGAUCGACGCCAUCAAACCAGGGGUAAUUAAUUACUCACUGACUGCGUCUGACGAUGGUGGAGAAGAAGACAUGAUUAUGAAUGCCAAGUAUGCUAUUUCCAUGGCCAGAAAGAUUGGUGCACGAGUCUAUGCGCUGCCGGAGGAUCUAGUGGAAGUGAAACCCAAAAUGGUACUUACUGUGUUUGCCUGCAUUAUGGCCUGUGCACAAAUGAUGUCCAAAUGA